AUGAAGCUGUUGGAGAACUCAAGUUUUGAAGCAAUAAACUCGCAGCUGACAGUGGAGACGGGAGAUGCUCACAUCAUCGGCAGGAUCGAGAGCUACUCGUGCAAGAUGGCAGGCGAUGACAAGCACAUGUUCAAGCAGUUCUGCCAGGAGGGCCAGCCGCACGUCCUGGAGGCCCUGUCGCCUCCUCAGACUACGGGGAUCAGCCCCAGCAGGCUCAGUAAAAGUCAGAGCGGCGAUGAGGAGGGACCCCUGAGCGACAAGUGCAGCCGCAAGACCCUCUUCUACCUGAUAGCGACGCUCAACGAGUCCUUCCGCCCAGACUACGACUUCAGCGCUGCCAAGAGCCACGAGUUCAGCCGGGAGCCGAGCCUCAACUGGGUGGUGAACGCUGUCAACUGCAGCCUCUUCUCUGCCGUUCGGGAAGAUUUCAACGCCCUGAAGCCACACCUGUGGGAUGCUGUUGACGAGGAGAUCUGUCUUGCGGAGUGUGACAUCUACAGCUACAACCCUGAUCUGGAUUCGGACCCCAGCCUCUGGUCCUUCAACUACUUCUUCUACAACAAGAGGCUGAAGAGGAUUGUCUUUUUUACCUGUCGUUCCAUCAGUGGGUACGCAUACACGCGCUCGGAAGCUGGCAAUGAGCUGGACAUGGAUCUUGGUGAAGAGGACGUGGAGGAGAACAGUGAUGCCGACGACACCGAAGAAAGCGGCAGCAUCGAGGAGGACAGGUUGCAAGUUAUUUGCAUGUGA